UCAACCUUCUCGUCCAUCGCGCCACAGCCCAUCAUCAAUCAAUCCCACGAACCUUCAGAACAACAAGAUGCGCAUAUCACUCCCCACCGCCACGCGGCACCUCAAGCCCACCCCUCGCCAGCUACUAUCUCGGGGCACCCAACAACCACUAUCAACACUGCCUACACAUUCUCUCCGUACCACCACGACGACGACUACACAACCCAGCAGCUGCACCACCACCACCGCCACCCUCACACCCCAGCCCCGAUCCUCAAACCCCACAAACCAACAACAACGCCGAACCUUCCUCUCCUCCUUCCUCCCGGGGAGCGGCUCCAAUGGCUCCGACAACGAUUCCUCCUCCCGCACCCGCCGCCUAACCGCCACCCGCACCCUCCCCUACUCCCCCGCCCCUCUCUUCGAAGUCAUCUCCGACGUCCAAUCCUACUCCUCCUUCCUCCCCUUCCUCACGGCUAGCACCGUGACGCACCGCGACCCGGCGACCCGGUACCCGACGCGCGCCUUCCUGACGGUGGGCUACGGCCCGCUCAGCGAGACCUUCACCUCGAAGGUGGAUUGCGACCCCCAGCGGCUGACGGUCACGGCGCAGAGCGGGGCGCGGUUUGGCGUGGCGAAGAAGGAUGGGCAGGAUGUGAGUUCCGGAGGUAGUGGAAGUGGGUUUGGGUUCCCCGGGGCGGAGGAGGGCAUCUUCGAGUAUUUGAGUACCAAGUGGGAGCUGGCGGAUGUCACGGCGGAGAUAGGUGGGGGGAAGAGCAUGACGCGGGUGCAUUUGGAGAUUGGGUUCGAGUUCAAGAACCAGUGGCAUGCGACCAUGAUGAGUGCGGUUGAGGGCCAAAUGGCCGGGGUCAUGAUCGAGGCGUUUGAGAAGAGGAUGGGGGAGGUGGUUGGGCGGUGAUACUGGUUGAUAUCAGGCUAUCGUGACGGGUGGACACAUAUGAUAAGAAGAUGCUCAUGCUCUUUUGUUGGCAAGAUAUAAUAAGGUAUAAUCAAGGGAGACUCUCUUUUUGUCUAUAUUCCAAGGGGGAAAUGCUUGUACU